AUGAUCCUCUUCCUCAUCCUCAAGCUGCCACUUGCAAAUCUAAUUCGAUACCACCAGCCUCAGACCCUGCCGGCCAGAGACGGUCUGACAGGAGAGCAAGGAGAACAGUGCGCCAGACGGGAGGGGAACGCUCCUCCUGAUCGCCGUGCUGGUUGGAUGGUAUUCGUCACUCGUCGCGGGUUUGCCACAGCUGUCUGUCCCGCGGCUUGGGUUAGCGUUUGUUUUGCCGUGCUAGCUUUCCACGAUAGGAAAGUGAGGGCAAAGUUCUUUAUCAUGUCUUUCUCCUCCUUCAAUACCCCCUGUCUUCCCCAAUCAAAGUACUACGUACCCAUGAUAACAACACUUCUGCAGCAGAAACGCCACUUGGCAUGUCUCCCAGCCUCAUAUAUUGUCGCUUACUCCCGAAAGUCGUGA